AUGGUUAAAGUCACCUUUGGGCCUCGAAGAUCGCCUGAGGCUGACGAUCAGGUGAGGAUCGAGAACAAACGACUGAAGGCGAAGCUGGAGACGCUUCUCUUUGCCAAGCAGCAGUCGGAACGGGAGGCUGGAGAUUGGAUCGCCAAGCUGGAGAACGACAAGCUGCAGCUGCAUAAGGUAUGGAAGGACGAGGUGGUCAAGGGGCUUGACAUGGAGAAGAAGCUCCAAGGGCUCAAAUGA